AUGGCAAACUCACUCACCACAUUGAAAAGGAAGGUGUCGGAGGUUAAACGAGAUGUGGUGUGCAAUGCUCCACAGGUGAACGCAGCAGAACAGCGCUUACAUAAGGCGGAACAGUCGAUUGAAUUUGUCUACCAAAAAGCUGGACGCCGUGAUAUAAAGUAUGAUAGGACCAAGAUCACUUUCACUCAAGAUCUGUCAGCAGAGACUGUCCGGAUUCGGCGCGGUUUCAACGCGGUUAUCAAGCCGUUUGUGGAGAUCAACGCCUUUCAACACGACCCCUGUUGGGAUGAGGUGGAUAAGACAAUGAUCCGAAAGUCCCAGAGCAACCCUGGAGGCGAGGGCUCGGCUGAGACCGGGCAGAAGGAGACGUCCACCUGUGACAUCUGCCAGUUCGGAGCAGAGUGCGAUGUGGACGCUGAGGACGUUUGGUGUGUCUGCAACAUCGACUGCUCGCACAUCAGCUUCAACCCGGUGUGUGCCUCGGACGGUCGCUCCUACGACAACCCCUGCCAGGUGAAGGAGGAAUCCUGUCAGAAGCAGGAGCGCAUCGAAGUCAAGUACCUGGGCCGCUGCCAAGGCGACAUCACAACCGGGAACAAAGGAGACGAACACUUUGCACACAUCAACCCAUCGGAGGACUCAGGGACAGGACUGGCCCGCAACUUGUACAUUCCCUGUCCAGAUCACUACAAGAACUACUGCGUCCACGGAGACUGUCAGUUCCCCAACAUGCUCUCCCAGCCGUCUUGCAGCUGUCACUCAGGCUUCAUGGGCCCCAAGUGUGACAUCAAAGAGUACAACGUGCUAUAUGUGGUGCCAGGCUCUGGAAAACUGCACUACGUCCUGAUCGCCUCCAUCAUUGGAGCCCUGCAGGUGGUCAUCAUCUGCGUGGUGGUGCUCUGCAUUACCAGAAAGUGCCCACGGACCAACAGAAUCAACCGGCAGAAGCAGAACAAUGUCCACUUCAGUUCUGAGAACACCAUGCGCGCCUCCACUCGUCUUAUCUGAGCCCAGAAUCGCCGGACAGAGUCCCCCCUCACGCUUUGGAGCGCCGUGGCGUUAGAUGUUCCCCUCAUAGGUCAACCCUGACAGUUAGCAUCCGCCUCCCUUCACUCGACUCCCCCUCUCCUAUGAACUUACGACCACAGAGGACGGUGGCAUUACCAUUUCAGAGCUGGCACAGCAGUAAGCGGUGAGACUUGCACGUUGGGAUGAUGUUCUCAUCAUCAGACGCUGCCGCUGCCCACCUUCCGGUUGAUGACGUGUCUCCUUUUUCUGAGGAUUUUUUCUGAAAAAAAUGAACUGGGGAGGAGGAGAGGGGGGAGGCGUUGAGGACACUGAAUGUGAGUGUGUGUGAGUGUCUUAUUAGAUGUGUGCGCUUUGGUAGAGGCCAACUAGCCGGCGUCUGUUCUUUGUAGACGAGGGGUAAAAGCAUACCGGGGUAGUGCAAAGCAGGGUACAGGGCUUUAAUAAUUGCAGUGUGUGUUCAGUCUGGGAGGGGGGAGGGAGGGGUUUCGGGGCUACACGUGAUGCCUUGCACCUUGUGUUAUAGGAGACCUUUGACAGAGGGCACAACGUUACUAUAGAGCUCUCUGUUCGGUUGUGACAAUGACGUCAGCUACUGUAUGUUGAGUUCUAUUUCCAAUAGUUAUUACGACAUUGUCUUGAUGGGGUCCGUUUUUUCUGUAAAUGUAAAUAAAUAAUUUAUAUCACGAAAUGUUA